UGGUCCUGGUCCUGGCCCUGGUUCAUGGACGCAUGCAAUUUGUCCCAAAUUUGGUAGUCUCGUUCAUGACAUUCACAAACGCCCCACAGGUCGUGGCCCCCGUCUCGUCUCUGCACAGACUCAGGCCUCCAUCCAAGCGAGCAUAGAGCAAAAGACGUCCACCCAUGACGGCCGGCAGCUCGUCCAAGCCGCUCCACAGAUUCUUUGACGAUGGCGAGAGCAUCGCCCCUCGGCCCAUCGUCCAUCCCAAUAUCUGCCCCAGUCCCCCGACAUUCACCAUCCGGGAUGCCCUGCGGGCUGAACGGAUUCAUCGGAUCGCUCGUCUAGAGCAGGAGCAAGCGGACGAGCAGCAGCGAUUCCGAGACACCAUCCAAGCCAUUCGCUGCGAGAGCGACCAGCUCGCAAAGGUUCGCAAGGAUCGAGUCUUUGACGGGGAGAUCACAGAGAGCGAGAAGGACAUCAUCAAGAAGCGAGUCGAACUCCAGCAACGUCAGUUCCAUGAAUACGAGAAGCGCGAAUGGGUUCGAACAUGCCAUCGCGUUCGCCAGCUCUACUUUUAUAUGACCGAGGAGGAGAUCCGGACGGCCAACGACGAGGCCGAGGGCGAUGAGGAAACAAUGAUGCUCAAUCUGACGGCCCCGGAUACGCUCACUCGGAUCCGCAAGAAGAUUGCACUCUCCUAUGGCCCUGCCGUCGAAACCGCAGCACGAGCUCAGGACCUGCCCGAUUUCAACGAAGAAUCAGGAGGGGACCGAGAAACAGAAAAGAAGAGAGUCAGACCCACACCAGCCCCAGAUGUGAUAAAGGGCCGCAUCAAGCUGUCCAAGGUGUGCCUCGAUGAAGCCAUAGCCCAGCUCGAGAGCGGAGUCGAUCCCAAGGUUGUCUACGAGGGUUGGAGCGAUGCCCGCAUCCGUGCAUACAAGAUGAUCAAGAUCAAGCCCAACUCGUACUACUAUCGGUUCAAUGCACCCGGAGAAAAGCAAAACAACGGAGUAUGGGAGACGGAGGAACGGGAGCUCUUCAUGCGGCGGCUUGGCGAGAUGGGCGCCGACGGGCAGUGGGGAAUCUUUUCGAUGGCCAUUCCCGGGCGUGUCGGCUAUCAGUGCGCCAACUACUAUCGCCACCUCAUCAAGACGGGCGAGAUCGUUGACGACAACUACUUUGUCGACGACAAUGGCGAUCUGCGGUAUCUCUUUGGCAAGAAAGAGGGCAAGGAGGGCGUCAUCCGGACACACACCAAGCACGGCACGGCCGGAAACCGCCAGCGCUCAGCCUCCAUCGAGCCCUCUGUCGGCCCGCCUUCGCCAGCGACCUCGACGUUCUCGGCCAUGUCGUCCAACUGCGCGUCGGUAGCAUCAUCGUCGUCCGCUGUUGCUGCGGUUGAUACUGCCGCCAUCGCCCUGCCGCUUGCCGCCGAGGCGCAGUCCCAUGGCUCUCACAAAGAUGCCAAAAGGUCCAAGCGACGGACCGAGACGACAGACCCUGCAAAGAAAUCCUCCAGAAAGGGCAAGUCCACUGAGGUCGGGGUUGCAGACGACUCAUCCAUGCCUCCAGAUACUGCGGCUGGAUCGCCAUCGCUGCCUUCGUCGUCGAUCGCACUGGAGCCGCGGAAAGAGCCCAGGAAAAGGAAAGCAAAAGACCCAACCCUCAGCAACUCUGCCCAAACAGCCGUACCAGAUAUACCCCCGUCGUCUGCGCCAUCCUCGGCCGGCGACGCCCGAAGACUGGUCAAGGGCAAGGGCAAGGGCAAGGGGCCGGCGGAUACGACAGCCCCGCUUGAUACCACAUCCGCCUCGCCAAAGUCGUCUGCGAGCUCAGUCCAGAGCACAAAGAGUGCAAAGCGCAAGGCCGCACCCAGCGAUUCGGAAUCCGAGGACUGGCUGCCAGCCGUUGCCAGCCGAGCCAAGGGACCAAAGACGAAGCGUCCCAGGGCCAAACGAGCCCGGCGAAAGGGGCGUGGCCGGAGCGACGAUCUCGGCGAUAGCGACGAUGAAUUUGUUGGCGGCAAUGACAACGGCGUCAACGAUGACGACGAUGACAACAACGGUGGCGAUGAUUACGAUGAUGAUGACGACAGCGAUGGCGAGUUUGUGUUGGAUCACCAGUCCACCACCAACGACUCUGAUUUCGAGGCAGGCUUUGACGACGGCCUUGAGGGAUCUGGGGCUGGGGCAUACGAGAGCCGCUUCGAGAACCCGCUUCCGGGAUUCAUCGAUCCCAUUACUUUGGACGAAGUUGUGCGGCCGGCGAUCUCGCCAUACGGCCAUGUCAUGGGAUACGAUACAUGGCUGCGGUGUUUGAUGUCCGAGACUGCGCGCAACAUCUGCCCGAUCACAAAGAAGCCCCUGCACAAGCGCGAGCUCGCCAUUCUCACAUUCGAGAACAUUGACGAGUACCGAUCCAAGAUCCUGAACUUCAUCCAAUAACGUGGGAACCUCGGGAUGAUCUUUUCUUCCGUCGAGCAUGUACCACACUCGUCCUGGCGAUGACCGUUGUUGGAGCAGCCGGCGAAACACUCGCUCCAGCAGCUCUGCUGCUCCAACCCUCGGACAGACGCUCGAUAGCAUCCAAGUGAUUGUAUCCAAUACAUGUAUUAUGGGCGUAUAUGACCCGACUUUCGUGCAGCGAUUUCCCGUCUUUGACCUCAAAUGCGUGAUGCGCCUCACCCAGCCACAGUGCACGG